AUGACUAUCCUGCUUGAAGGGGCUGCAUGGGCUGGGUCAGCCAUCCUCCUGUACCUCGCUCUCAAGCCUGAGGUGGCCAAGAGCAGGUCAGGGAUGUCCUACAUCAAGGGGCCCCACGCCCAGGAGUUUAUGCUGCUUGUGAAUACAGACAUAGAUCGCCUCCUGGAAUGGCUCAGAAGCCACCCUGAGCUGCUAGCUGACCGACGGUGGCAAAGGCUCGUCAAACGCUACAAGACAAAGAUGCGCCCAAUUGCAGAGGGGGAGGGCGGGGCAGCUUACACUCGAAACAAGUCGGACGUGAGGCUGUGCGUCCCAGAGUCGCUCGAGGAGCGAGACGUCCAGACCGCGUUGUUUGUCGCCCUCCACGAGCUGGCUCACAUCGCCAACGUGAGUUGGGGUCACGACCAGAGCUUCUGGGACACCUUCAGGGACCUGCUCCGGCUUGCCGUGCGAGCAAAGAUUUACAAGAGACGCAACUACAGGAAUGACCCAGCUCGGCUGGUGUUUGGGUAG